AUGAUGCCAAACUUGCAAAUGAGCAUCUUUGCGCCUCCAAAUCCAAGCAAUGGUUGUGGAAGUAUACUACCACCAUCACUAUCGCCAGGAAGUCCUUCGGUGAACUUCACACUAGCCUCACCUCUUGGCGGUGGCGAACGAAGAUACCUACUACACCUUCCUAAAAACUUCUCCCCUACGAAUAGCAAGCCAAGUCCAAUGAUACUCGCAUUCCACGGAUUUGGACAACCGACCGCAAGUAUAGAACAAGUGACACAAUUCUCAGAUCCAGAAAUAAAUGAAGAUUACAUCGCCGUAUACCCCGAAGGCCUUAACAACGUCUGGCUCGGCGACCCAGGGGCUCCAAACUCUACCGUCAUCGACGACCGUCCAUUCAUAUCUGAUCUGCUUUCCACCCUCGAAUCUAUGCUCUGCGUCGACACUCGUCGAAUCUAUACCACCGGUUUAUCCAACGGAGGAGGCUUAUCCGGACUCCUCGCAUGCUCUCCCGAUUUAUCCCAGCGAGUCGCCGCUUUUUCGGGCGUGUCUGCAGCGUAUUACACGACGCAGAGUUUGGGGUAUCCGCUGUUUGAUGAAGUGGGGUGUAAGCCUGGAGGAAUUUCGAGGAGGAUUCCGUAUUUGCAUGUCCAUGGAAGUAAGGAUAUGGUGAUUGCGUAUGAUGGGAACAAUUCGCAGUUUGAUAUUGACCAGAAUAAGAUUCCGGAUCCGAAUACGCUGCCAAUAUCUCAGUGGUUGAAAGAUUGGGCUGGUAGAAAUGGAUGUUCAUCAACCGGAAAUUUGACAAUUAGGCAAUUCCUAGAGACGGGAGACGCUAUGAAUUCGACUUCGGUGUUGGAGAACGGAACGGUUGUGAAGUCGACGUGGACAUGUGGAGGCUGGGCUGAUGUAGUCGAAGGAUACUAUGUUGAGGGACUGGGCCAUGGAUGGCCGUCUACGGUUUCUUUAGAUCCACGGCUGGAGGCAUAUAGAUUAGGCUUGACGACUUGGAAUGCAAGUAGUGUUCUUCUGGAGUGGUUUGCGCGAUGGAGCUUACCAGAAGAUUAG